GAAGAAGAGAGGGAAAGCCUUUGUUGUUGUAGAUGCCCAUGUCUCAUUUUCCCAGGUCCUGCAAAGCUCAACGAUGUCAGUAGCGUUCGUCUCGCACCGCCAGCGGCCUAAGGAAUGGCCCAACCAGGCAUCUAUCCAAAAGUUGUUGGAUGAGAACAACCAACUGAUCCAGUGUAUUGUGGACUACCAGAACAAAGGCAAGGCAGCAGAAUGUGCCCAGUACCAACAGAUCCUACACAGGAACCUGGUGUACUUAGCAACAAUAGCAGACUCCAACAUGAACCUACAGUCACUUCUACAGACGCCGAACCAGAACCCUUCACCAAAUCCUGGAGGCAUGCCGCCAUCAUCCAUGAACGGACCACCCCCUCCUGCCUCCCAGGGGGGGAACAUGGGGCCCCAGGGGUCCAUGCCUCCUCCGCAGGGGGGUGAAAUGUCAGGGAACCAGGGAGGACCGCCCAUGGUACCCCCCUCCUCUACACCAGGACCAGUGUCUUCAGCCAGUAAUAAUUUCAUGCCAGGUAAUAACCAGGGGCCAAAUCACAACCAGCCAAGCCAAAUGCCACCAGCUAGUAGCUAUGGCAACCAGCCAGGGUACAACCCACCCAUGUCAACAUCCAACCAGAACCAGCAGGGUAUGAAUAAUUAUAACCGUGGACCAAUGGGACAAGCUCCUCCAACUGCCACAAAGCCAAACCCCAGCUCACAGCCAGGCAUACCGCCCCAGUCUGUGUCAGUGGGGAGUACAGGUGUCGUACAGCAGAACGUGGGGAACGUUCUGGGAAAGUUGAUAAGGAUGCCGCCCGCUCACAGACUUACCAACGGGCAGCAAGUCUCACAACCACUACCAAUGGGAGGACAAGGUGUAAACACAUUCAGUCCACCCCCGGGACAACAGCCAAUGGGGAGCCAGAAUAGUUACAGCGUUAGAGGACCAAUGGGACAUUCCUCCCCAAAUGGCAUGAACCAAGUCAUGCCCACAUCACAACAGCAGCCAAUGGGAAACCAGGGUGGUAACACAUUCGGUACACCCCAGCAGCCAAUGGGGAACCAGAAUAGUUACAGUAGGGGACCAAUGGCACAAGGACCUCCCAACAAUAUGCAGAAUAUGCAGCAAGGAAUGCCCCCGCAAGGGAUGCCCCAGUCCCAGGCUCAGCAGCAGGGACAGCCCCCCACCUCUCAGUACAACAUGGGACCGUCCGGCCCUCCCCAGGGGGGGUACAACUCCCAACAGCCACCCAUGAGCCAGCAGAGCAUGAUGGGUAACCAGCCGCCACCCAACAGCCAACCCAACGGCAUGAUGGGACAGCGACAGAUGCCGCCACAGUACCAAAGGCCCCCACAGCAGCAAGGUUAUGACUCGUACGAUCAGUACGGGCCCGCCCCGCCCGUGCCAGGGCCCAACCAGCAGGACUAUUACAGUAGUCCUCAGGACCAGCCACAAUUCAAUAACCAACAGGACAUGGGACAGUAUUAUCACGAUGGUGGACAACAGCCAUAUGGCCAGCAGCAGCCGAACUACCCACAGCAGACACCGCCACCUCCACAACAACAACAGUACCCCAACCAGAAUCAGGCACCUGGUUAUAACCAGCAAGGGCAGCCCGGGUAUGGGUCUCCUCCUCAACAGAACUACGGACAACAGGGCCCACCACAGAAUCAAUAUGGCAACUACCCGCAAGGUCCAGGACCGCAGGGCCAGGGGCAACAAAGGUUCCAGCCGUACCCCCGCCCCCCCGCACAGCAGCCUCCCCCUCCCCAGGGCUACGGGGGGUUCAACCAGGGGUACCAGCAAGGUUAUCAGGGCUAGGGCUCAAUAAAAAAUGCCACCACACCAUAGAUCUACUACCAAACUGUAAAGGGUACUUCCCAGUUUCCAUCUUUGACAUAAAGCCCUACAUGACGAAAGGACAAAACUUUUCCUGACAAGUGCUUUAGAUGUGUUCAUCAGUUAAGUAUUUGCUGGAAUUUUGUUUUUACCCAAGCAGGAAUGGGCCAAAGUUUCAAUAAAACAACAUUUAUCAAAAAACAGACUUCAUGCAACCAUGGGAUGCUGGGCAGAAAAUGAAAUGACUUCUCUGGGGCUUGCAGACGCAAAGAAAACGCCACUAUACGAUGAUUGUGACGUAUAUAACAGACUCAUUCCUGCCAUGUACAUGUAGCACUGACGUGGAUUUGACGUUAUCUGUAUAUACAGCUUGUCCUCCGUACAAUUAUACAACACAAGCUGAAGCAUAGCUGUCGAAAUGUCACUCAAGAAUAUCUGCUGAACAUGCCCUUGUAAAACCUGACUGCCCGUGUACCAAAGGAAGGCCCGAUGCUCAUUUUCACUUCAAAUAUCUAGUGUUAGUAUGUUGUUUUGAACCAGGGUCUGUUAGGCUUGACAGUGACGUACUACAGAUGAUUUAUUUUUGUGUGUAGAAUUGGCAGGUAUACUUCUAAGUUCAAAUCAUUGUCAAGCAAGGCACAUGUAGGUAACGUAUCAUACCUGGUGACAAACGUACAAAUGAUGUAGCACUACAUUCCAGUCUAGUUCCAAAUACAUUAAAGAUAGUUUCACACACCAAACAAAUAAGGAAACAUGAAAAUAUGUUGUUAGCAAUUUGUCUGGUACAAAAAAAAACACUUUACAAUUCACACUCUUGCUUCAUUGAUUUUGUAAAGAUUUAUUUAUUAAACAGUAUUUCCCUGAUAUACAUGUAGAUAAUGUGAAGAACCAACCUUUCGUUUAUGUACACAUGUUGUUGAUGAUUUUAUUACCGUAUCUGCUAUCAUAUAGCAGUAAGAAUCCUUGCCAAUAAUGCACAGUAUACCAGAACAGUUGCACUCCAGACAAGAAGACAUUGUUUCAUCCCAUGGAUUGUAAAUGUUUGAGGUAAUUGAGGGAUGAUACAGAAACAGGUAUGGGAUACAUGAUGGGGAGAGGGGGGUCAUUCUGUGGUGUUAAACCCUUCUCUCGAUCACUGUUAGUAACUACAUGAAAACAUUGUGUACAAAGGACCCAUUCAAGCCUCGGCCUACAGAUGAACAUACAUUCAAGGAUGUAACAAUUAGAGUUUUACGUUUCUAAUGAACUUUAUAGGUCAAAAGAAUUACAUGUGGGAGGAUUUUUUGUAGAUUUUGUUGUCCAGAAUUUCUCAACCCUUUCUUCACAGCCAUUCCAUGUUGCAUUGUUUGUGUAGUAUUGAGUUUUAUCAUCAAUAAAACACGAGUAUUUUUGAA